AAGCAAUGAAGCACGAUGAAAAGUCAGACCUUCUGCACGUCGCCAUCGUCGCCAUCAAUCCUCGUCACCGCCACACCUCCUCCCGCGGGGCCCACCUCCGGCACACGCUUCUCCCACAAGCCUCCCUCCCCUCCCUCCCUCCCACUGGCCCACCAUGGUCGCUUCAAGAACGAAGCCACACCACCACCCGGGCAUCCCUCGCCGCGCGCAUGGACGACGACGACGACGACCGCCGCCGCCCUUUUCUCGACUCCCCCGCCGGGCCCCUGCCGGAGCGGACCGCCGAGGACCACGACCUCUCGCGCCCGUUCGCGCGGCCCCACGACGGCGGGGACCAGGCGCGGCCUCCAGCGCUGCCGGACGGCCCCGGCGAUGUCCGUGGUGAGCGACCUCACGAGGCCCGGGGGACCCGCGACCCCCCGCGACCCGAACCCGAGGCCCGGGUCCGCGUCCGGAUCCGUCGUCAGGCAGGCCCUGUUCUUCCUCUGCGUCUACCUCCUGCUCGGGGUCGGCAUCUACGCGUUCAACCGGGACCGGUUCUCCGGCGUCGAGACGCACCCGGUCGUGGAUGCUCUCUACUUCUGCAUCGUCACCAUGUGCACCAUCGGUUACGGGGACAUCGCCCCCCUCACCCCCGGGACCAAGGCCUUCGCUUGCGUGUUCGUGUUGGUGGGUUUCGGCUUCAUAGGGAUCUUGCUCAGCGGGGUCGUGAAUUUCGUGCUCGAUCUGCAAGAGAACAUGAUCCUGACCACCGCGAGAUUGAGCGGCGAGGGCGGCGGGUCCGGCGCCGUGAAUUACUUCGUCGAUGUCGAGAAGGGGAGGAUGAGGAUCAGGCUGAAGGUGGGCUUGGCGCUUGGGGUGGUGGUUCUGUGCAUUGGGAUGGGGGCGUUGGUGCUCUGCUUCGUGGAGGGUUUGGAUUGGCUGGACUCGGUUUACUUGGCGGUUAUGUCCGUCACCACCGUCGGGUACGGGGACAGGGCCUUCAAGACUUUGCCCGGGCGGCUCUUCGCCGCAGUUUGGCUGCUCGUCUCGACGCUGGUGGUCGCAAGGGCGUUUCUUUAUCUGGCCGAGGCGAGGAUCGAUAAGAGGCACCGGAGGAUUUCGAAGCUGGUGUUGCACAGGGAUGUCACCGUGGAGGAUUUUUUGGCGGCCGAUUUAAACAACAGUGGCUUCAUCAGUAAAUCGGAGUAUGUUUUAUACAAGCUGAAAGAAAUGGAGAAGAUCAGUGAGACAGACAUAUUACAGAUAUGUGAUCAGUUCAGCAAGCUUGAUCGAAACAACUCUGGAAAAAUAACUCUUCUGAAUCUCUUGGACAAUCACCUGUGAUGACAAAAAACAGGGGAAGGUUUCAUUCGACCACAAAGAGCAGUGCAAUGCUUGCUUCAUUUUGCAAGAUAGGCAAGGGAUGAAUAUGCGGAAGAUAACCCGAACGUUGUCUUUGGCAAGAUUACUAGGUCCUGCAAAUCUGACCGCCUUCACGGUGCAUGUUAUUCUUGUGCCAAAAGCUGUACAUAUGCAUUAAGUGUACUUAUGUGACGGUAGGUUGACAAUGAACAAAAAAUGAAAAGGAGAGCAUCUUUUUCCCUCCACCAUUGCUACAGAUCAAGGGUCAUAAUCCGAGGAAGUGCUAUAUCUGUCUGCGUUAAUUCUCUUUUCAUGUAAAUGACAUUGAAAUGGGACAAUAUUAUUGGAGGAGACUUGAUGCUUCAGUUGAUAGCGUCCUUUUAAUUUCCUUUUAUCUGGUGAUUGCUAUGAAAGUCACAUCGGAUGUUUUCA